GUGUAUAGGAAUAGGUGUAUGCCACAGAGUAACAAUAUGGCUUCCAUCCCUUUUUCCAUAUCAGUAGCAUUCAGGUAAAAAAAAACAAAAAAACACUAUCUCCAAAAAGCAAAAAAAAAUUCCACAUAUCUACUACUUUCAGCUUCUUCAGUGCAAUUAUGAUAUCAGAUUAAAUUUUUGGGGGUUUUAACUGUCCAACUUGGGAUUUGGAAAAUUGUGAUGGACAUUUUUCACAGUUUCGUGACACUUUAUGGCCCAAAGAAUAAAUCGAGGGGAAAAACACCCAUCUCAUUAUUAAUUUGAUUAAGCUGUCAGCUAUUUUCUUUGUUAAUUAUUUGGGUCAUAAACAACUACGCUUGACUAGACGCCUGACUGAUAAGACUUUAUCAGACACCUAUUUCCUGUCUGUUAAGACUUUAUCAGACAGGAAAGGUAACUAGGUGUUUGGGCUGCAGCCAUGGCAUGGAAUUGUGUCUGCUGGCUGAAGCUUUGAGCUUUGCUUGUGGCUGUGAUCUCAUUAGUUGACCAGUUUGGUGUCUCCCUCCUUUCUCCCCUUCAGCUUACCUCCCUAUCAGGCACCUUCCCCCUUGAUACUGUCCUCCUGUCCUGAAAGCUCUCCAUCCACGCAACAUGGCAGAGGCCCCAGCAUCCACCUCCCCCGAGGAUGGCCUACAUGUACAGUGGAAACUUUCCAGUCAACGAAGCAGGAAGUCUGCAUGCUCCAACAUCUUUACGGGAGUCAACCUGCACCAGCUGCACAGGCUGUUCAGAACAGCAGGAGACAGAGAUGCUGAACAUCGGGCGAAGCUGGUGUGGCGAGGUAUGGAUGCAGACAUGGAGGGGGCAGAGGACGGGAAGGAGGAGGAAGGGGAGGACAGAGAGGAAGAGGCAGGGCUGGCCCAGGCCUUGGUGGGGCUCCGAGUCCGAGCGAGGAAUAAAGCGGGUAUCAGAGUGGAGGGACACAAGGACCACAAGUGGCUCAGGACAUCAGGGUAUCUCAGGAUUGAGGAGCCAUUAUCAGGCUACACUGUUGAGGAUGAGGAGGCCGACAUAGCACCCCGUUCGGGAGAAUUUCUGGCAGUGACUGAGGAAGACAUCCCAGAGAACCCAAACCCCUUUAAACCUUCGUCAUGGAGGCUGGGUGUGAUGAGACAUGAGGGUGCCAGCCACCCUGAACGCUACCUUCACCGCAUCCUCCACUAACAACGGACUGAACGGACUGAAUUUGGAGCAACACACAGUAGUGGAAGCUGAGGUCAGGACAAAUUCUGCAUGAGAAGCCACAUGGUAUCACAACUCUUCUUAGCAUCUUCUGCUAACAUGUACUCUGCAUGUUAGAACCCAGCAUCAAGAAUCACCAGUGAAGUCUGGUGAACCUGUCCAACUAUUAUAGAAAAUCCAAAUGUGUAUCUGUGAUAAAGCAGGCGUGUUGGUGAGUCAAAGCAGCUGCAUUUACAGGAGACAGAAACAGAAACGAGCUGUUGUUUAAGGCCUGAAAUUAAGUUUCUGAUGCACAUGAUUUCAAUGCAUUUUUGAGGGAAUUAGCUGGGCAGUUGGUGUUGCUCUUGCCAGAGAACUCAUGAUAUUAUUGUGGUAAACAGGACAGGAAAUUGAAACCCUGCAUCAAGAGCACUUGCAGAGCGUUUGCAGCUAAGGAUGUAUUUUGUGUUUUUAAUGACUUGUUAAAGGAGCUGUAUACAAUUUUCAGAGUAUACCUAUGAUUCAGACCCUGAUUCAGAGAUUGCCUGCACCCAGUUUUCAACAUGGAGGUGGCUGAGCUGGCUAACUCCAUACACAGUGCUAUUAACAGUGCUGAUGGGGCCAGCGGUGCUAACCUGGUGGGCACCAGAGGGUGGGCCCUACACUCUGCCAUGACGCUUUGGGUCAGAACAGCGUUAUCAGGAGUAACCACAGUAAGAGCGCAGUGCAGAGCAGCAGGGAUGAGCUAGCCAGUGGCAUAAACACACAGGGACUCACAUGCACCAACAUGCACUCACAGCCGAACUGACUACGACGACAAAGAACAGAGAAACUCAGACUUCAUUCUUUAGCCAGGACACAUAGCAAAUACCAGUUUGCUGCUGUAUUGUUCUACAAAGAUGCCAUCUAUCACAUUCUUUUAAAAACUACAUCACCAGUCAGGGACUGUGUUUCUGAUUACUUUGUGGAUGUUAUUCAAAUACUCAAUCUCCUUUUUGGCUCUGUGUUUGGUCUCCACCGACUCCUGAGGGAAAUAUCUGGCUAUCCAGCUGCUGAAUGCUCCACCCUGUUCACCAGUUGGUAGAGUUUUUGACUGAAAACAGCUCAACAAUUCAGCAACUUCACCAGCCAUAACACCAAAACAAUGAGCUGAAAGAUGCUGAAAUGCUCCAUGGAGCUGGGAGAACUGGAGUCAGGUGAUAAUUCUCUGUGGGUUCAUCACCACAAGCAACUCCUUUCACAUGACAAGAAGUCAUUUGAUCCACUGUUGAUAUAAAUUGUUGAUUAAAGCAGCUUAGAAGACAUGAUUUGAUCAGCUACUACUAAAUUAUUGUUGGAUUAAAGCAUUU